AUGUACCCGAAUACCGCUCCGCCGCAGUAUCAGCAGCAGCGGCCUUACCCUGCUGUGCCCUUUGCUGGUGCGCCUGGCUAUGGAACUCCACCACCAGCGCCUAAUCCAGCUCCGGCUUACGCUCCUCCGCCACCUCCAGCACCGAGUACUCCUCAACCAGUGAUCUUGAACAUUCAACAAAACGCUCCUUCUCCUACUUUGGCAGCACCAGCGCCGAUUCAACCAGCCCUUUCUGAACAAGCUCUUCCGCAACGAGCACCAGUUCCCGUAGAAACCUCAAGCAGAAGCACGGGUUCGUCCAUUUGUAUGUGUUGCUGUGUUUCCUUUGUGAUUCUCAUUAUUAUUUCGAAUGUAUUAAGAGCCAUUAAUGGAAAUACCGAUCUAGAGACAACGAGCCAGGGAACUACAACACCUGACUAUGAUUAUAUCUACUAUGGCACAACGACAAUCUCAACGACAACGACAAUCCCAACGGGUCCUCGCGUUCCUCCAAGUCCACCGUUUCCUCUAUUUGACUACUUUUUUAAUAUUGAUCAUUCUGAUGUCGACGGAACAAGCGUAGAACUCACCAGUGGUGGUCAUACUACUGGUCUCGAAUACACAGUUUCCACCUUUAUCGACGUCUACGUGAACUCAAUGUUUUACACUUCAAAUAUUCAUAUGUGCAACAAAAUCAUGUCACAUUCAAGCGAUGGGCUAACUUUCGAAUUCACGGAAUUUGCCACGGAACUUGGAUAUGAUUUUGUCUAUUUACAGGGCGUGAACGGAAUUCAAUACUUCUUUUCUGGUCCUGAAACGCCUGGAUCAUUUGAUGGAAUGCGACUGUCAACACAAUUUGACCCAAUACAGAUAUGCUUCAAGUCUGACCAUAUGAUCGAAGAUACUGGAUUCUUAAUUCGAGCGAUCGACGGAUACGAGCCUGAAAAUGAUAUUGAUGCUAAUUGGCCUGAUAAAGUGUCCAACUGA